UCGAAGUUCCAUUAGAAGAGAGAAAGUAGGCAGCCGAAACAUAAACAUUAUCAAGACAUGAACAAAAAGAACUGCAAUAAGCAGUUUGUGAUGGUUGGAAGCCCCGAUAAGGAAGAUACAAGACCUUUUGUUUGGAAAUGUUUGGAUGAAAUAGGAAAUCGGGUUGAAAAACUUCGAGAAGAUGCUGCAAAAUUGGAAACAGAAAGAGAAGUGCUACUGUCAAUGUUACAGGGAAUACAGGACAAAACUAGUCAUAAUAUGCCAGAAGUAGAAGUUGAAAAAGAAGAUAUUGAAGCCAUGGCGGAGAGACUUGUUUGCCGAUGUCUCACUGUGGAAAUAGGUGUAAUAACACCAAGAUCUGAAGAACAGGAAGCAGCAUUAAACAAAGUGAACAAACUACUGCAUGAAAUUGAACAUCAAUUUACCAUUAACAUUGAAAAGUCACUCCCUAGAGCCAUUUCUUACCUAAACGCCUGUCUCACAGAACCUAUGGAGGGCCACAUAGAUCACAGGUUCCAAGGAAUGGUCAUUGAAUGUACAAUAGAUGAUCAGAAGAAAAUCAAAAGGCGACUGCAAAGUUUAGUGGAGAUGUAUAACAAUACAGAGGAAUCGAAUGGUUGAUAAAA